UGGCUGCGCGCGCGCCUCCUCACUCCUCACUCUACACCAGAGGCUGAGUGGCGCGGCCGCACGACAUGCGAACCAAUUGCAGACAAAGUCAGUGAGCAAAGUUGAACGAGUGAUUGUGAUUCUGUGUGUUUUCAGUGUUUUCUAGUGAAUAUAUUCAGAUGCGAGUUCGUAACAAGCAAUGACACGCGAUACCUACGAGAUGAACAACCGGCUGUCGCGAGGUGGAUCUCUCUUCGGGGGUGAUCCUCAAACCCAGCUAAAAACGGCUCUACGCAGUAAUGAUUUUGCUACUUUCAAGAAACUCGUUGGCUAUGGAGCGGUUGAUCUUGAAUAUGUUUAUCCUUACCCUGAUUAUAAAACAUGCCUUGAGCUAGCUGUUUCCGAACCAAAUAAAAUAGAAUUUGUGAAACUUUUAUUAGCUCAUGAAGUGCAAGUCAAUCGGAUAAAUGAAACUCACGGCGCAGCACCAAUACAUUUCGCUGUUGAAAGCGGAAAUAAAGACGCCCUGGCAGCACUUUUGAACGAUGACAGAAUUGACGUGAAUCUAAAAUGCAAAGGAAACACUGCUCUGCUCAUGGCGAUUAAGAAAAUACAAGACUUGGACGAUGAUCGAGACAAUGAUUUGGUUGUGUGUGAAGAUAUGGUUGAGUUACUGUUAAAGGCAGGAUGUAAUGCAAAUUCUCCAGACAUGAGAGGAGUAACACCGGUUUAUUCCGCAGCAAAACAAGGCCUUGAGAGAGUAAUUACUUAUAUCUUAGAUUAUUCUAAAGAACCUGUAGAUCUAGACGCAUACAAAGAUAUUCGUGGGAAAACGGCUCGAUAUUACUUACAAGAAGCAUUUCCUCAUCUUGUAGAGAGAUUUAACUCUACAUCUGAAAUUGCCGAGGCCAUAGAUGCAGAUAAAUUAUUUUCAUAUUUAAAUAGGCACGAGGAAGACAAUUUUAUCCGCGACUUCAAUAAACUUGUCAGGAAAAAUGAUCAUCGAUCAGUAUUGGCAGCUAAUAACGGCAUAAAUACUAUGCUACAACAAGCCACUGAUAAAGGGUUUGAAAAAGUAGUUACGGUAUUAUUGAAUAAUGGAGCUGACCCUAAUGCCACAUGUUCGGCUAAUACUAGCCGUCCAGUAGCCAUAGCUUGUUACAAUGGUUUCAAUCGAAUUUUGAAAAUGUUUAUUGAAAACGAAUCCACUUUAUUUGAUUCUGUCAACGGUGAAUCUCUUCUCCAGAUUACAAUCAGAGGCAUGCGUUCAGGCUCCAAAAGUUCAAAAGUAGAUUUUAAAAAUUGUUUGGAUAUGUUAUUAAAACAUCCCAAAAUCAAUAUGGAUGUAAAUCAUCAAGAUAUCAAAUGCAAUACAGCUCUGCACUAUGCGGCGCGAAAUGGUGACAAUGAGACGGUUUUAGACUUAUUGAGAAAUGGAGCAUGUGUGGGACUAAGAAACAAAUUUGAUGAACCUCCAUUGGCAGAUAUCAAUGCAAAAACUCUCGAAUCCUAUUUAGACGAAUGCAUUACGACAAACGGAGAACGCCCGAGCGAUGAAAACUACGAAAUACAUGUAAAAUAUAGUUUUCUCGUAUAUCCUAAUAAUUCAUUGGAAAACGAAUUAAGCAAACCUUUGAUGGAUAAAUCAAACAAUAACACUGAUAAAGAGUUUGAUGCUAUUUUAGCUCCUGAAACUGAAGCACUUUUAUACAUGACAAGAAACGCAGAGCUUCGCCCAUUGUUAAAACAUCCCGUCAUUACAAGUUUUCUUUAUUUAAAAUGGCAAAGAAUAAGCUGCUUGUUCUAUGCUAAUAUUACAUUUUAUUCGCUAUUAUGGUUAUGUUUAAUGCUAUACAUUAUUUUGGGUUACGGAGUUGAAAAGAAGCAGCCGGAGUCGAUAGAAGCAUUUAACGUUAUCACUCACAUAGGAGCCUCAAUCGGAUUAAUAUUACUUAUAAUCCGAGAACUAUUUCAAUUACUUGUAUCACCUACGAGAUAUUUACAAAGUAUAGAAAACUGGAUGGAAAUUGCAUUAAUUUUUGUUACUGCUUGGAUAGUUUGUUACGAUUCUGCACAAGAAUCAACAAAACAACAAUUAUCAGCAGUUGCAAUUUUACUUUCUUCAGCUGAGCUUGUCCUUCUCAUUGGUCAGUUUCCUACCUUAUCAACAAACAUUGUAAUGUUAAAAACGGUAUCCUGGAAUUUCUUUAAAUUUCUUCUCUGGUAUUGCAUAUUAAUUAUUGCAUUUUCAUUAAGUUUUUAUACAUUAUUUAGAAAAGAUGUUGAGGAAGAUCAAAUAGCACCGAAUCCAAACGCAGCUGCAGACGAAGAAGACGAGGAUUUCUUUGAAGAUCCAGGCACAUCCCUAUUCAAGACUAUUGUUAUGUUGACCGGCGAAUUUGAUGCUGGUUCAAUUAAGUUCAGUACAUUCCCAGUUACAAGUCAUAUAAUUUUUAUUGUGUUCGUUUUCAUGGUUCCAAUUGUUUUGUUUAAUUUGUUAAAUGGUCUAGCAGUUAGUGAUACACAAGAAAUAAGAGCUGACGCCGAAUUAGUUGGCCAUAUCUCAAGAGUUAAUCUAAUAUCUUAUUUCGAAAGCGUUCUCAUCGGAAAAUCUUAUACGAAACCUUUGAAGUGUUGGUCUUGGUUCCCGCAAUUUAUACAAGAUUUGCACGUCAUUACACCGAAAACCCUGUGCAUGAAACCGUUUGCAAAGAGAAUAAGUUUAUUUCCAAACUUUUUGCCCAAAUAUCGCAUAAUUGUUAAACCGAACCAAGAUAACAAGAUAGAAAUACCUCACGCUGAGAGUUUAGGUAAGUUUGGAGAAGAUUAUGAAGAUAUUGAAGGUGGAAAAUGUUGUUUCGAGCGGUGUCAGACUUACAGGUUAGAUCGUAAAAUUGUAAAAAAUGCGAAAAUAAUCAUAAGCAAAAGGACAGAUGUAUCUGAGUUCGAUGAAAUAAAAGAUAAACUUUCGCAGUGUGGAGCUAAAAUUGAAAACAUCGAAAGCACACUCAAAAAAGUAUUACAAGCAUUAGAAAAUAAGUACUAAACAAUCUACAUCAAAUCAAACAAAACUAAAAUAAUUUUAAGUUUUAUUAAUUUAUUUUUAUAAAGUAACGUAUGAAAGCUGCCUGUAUUAAUGUAUAACAUUUUUAUGUUUGUCUAAUUAAUAUUAAAAGUUAAAAUAUA